AUGGCGGCCACAAUACGAACCGGAGGCCUUCACCACGCGGCCUCGCUAGGGAACAUCGACACAUCGUCACAGUCGAAAGUACAUUUAGCCGCACGAAGCUACGACUCCGAAGAUGAAAAUAUGGGCCGCAAGAAGGGACGGCCUUAUGAGACGAGCCCGUGCUCGCGGGCCCCGGUCUACUCGAAGGGAGACAUCCGGGAGCAGCACCGAUCAAGAACUAGUCUCAAUCAUCAGCAACAGCAACAGCAGCAGCAGCAGCAACAGCUACACUUUCUAGUUAGUAUCUCGACGUUAUCGCUCUGCCGCCUUCACCACGCGGCCUCGCUAGGGAACAUCGACACAUCGUCACAGUCGAAAGUACAUUUAGCCGCACGAAGCUACGACUCCGAAGAUGAAAAUAUGGGCCGCAAGAAGGGACGGCCUUAUGAGACGAGCCCGUGCUCGCGGGCCCCGGUCUACUCGAAGGGAGACAUCCGGGAGCAGUACUGCCUGACGGAUCGCCAGCUCAACUCGAUAGAGCAACCGCGCCGGGAACGGUUCUUCGGUUGCUGGUCCGGCCGCAAUGCCCCGCAGUCGUUUCUGGGAGUUUGCGUCGGGCGGCGGGCGCCUUCCGACGAGAACCUCGCCGACUACGCCCCGAUCCAGCGGUACCCGAGGUACAUUAAUACCGGGCCGAUAGCAAAGUCCAUCCUGCAGCAGUACGAUGACGACAUGGAGAGCUCGUACUUCCGCCGAAAACCGACCUCUUUUUUAUCGAACAGCAGCAGUGUCACUUCCGGCGGCGGCGGUGGUGGCCCCACUAGCGGAGGGACCGGAUUAAUUAUCGGAAGCAGCGCCACACUGCCCGGUGGUGACGGCAAGCGGUACGGUGGUUCCUGGUUGCCGGCCGAGGAUGAAGCCGUUCGGUUAGAGGGUCCAAGCUUUUAUCGAUGUCCAGCACACCACGAUCUGCCACCACCACCACCUCCACCGAGCGUUGCCCUUAUCGAUGCCCUGCCAGGCGGACAGCCAAGGACGAAACAUGUCAGCUUCGCCCGCUCCUACACGCUCACCUCGUUCGACGAGGCGAUGGGCAGCCGGCCCCUAUCGCGCCUGGCCGCGGCCCGUAGCCAAGAAAGACUGAUUGGCGGCAAGAAGCCCACGAUAACGCUGGCCCACCACACGGCGGUGGCGGCGGCGAUCCCCCUGCCGGCCACCCAGUACGUCGGUGGCGGCGGUGUGGCCCCGCUCCACUCGAUCCUCACGCAGCCCACGGCCACGCACCCGCAGCAACCCCUGAUGCCGGCGGCCCUCCAGAAGCAACCCCUCUCCGUCACUGCCUGCCAAAGCCACGGUCAACCUCAGCAGCAGCAACCCCAGCCGCAGACUCAGCACUUGCUGAUCCAGCAGCAACCGUCGGCGGCCCACCAACUGCACCAACACCUUCACCAGCAGCAUCUUCAGCAUCUUCAGCACCAGCAGGCGGCUCUGCUCGCGCACCAGGCGCACGUCCAGCACCAGGCGGCCCAACACGCCGCCCAGCACCAGCAACAGCAGCAGCAACUCCAACAUCAGCAGCACCUUCACCACCACCAGCAGCAGCACCAGGAUAUGGUCGUCCUCGAGAAAGUGAAACGAAGUGCCAUGAAGACGCAGGCGACGCAGACGGAGGUGUACCUGGGCAAGAAACCGAUGGCACCGCACAACCUAUCGCUCAGCCCGCGGACCAUCCAUCGGGUGAAAAUGGUCUCGCAAGGAGCGCAAACGAACGGCGGUCUGAACGGCGGAGGUCGCAAGCUUACCAAGAGCCUGUCGGAGGCGGCGGAUCGGCUGCAGGAGAAUGGGCUCGAUCCGGUGCAGCCCCCGGAACCGGGCACCGGUGGGCCGGGCUUCGAUCACGAGCUGCUGCAUCGGACGCAGUCGGAGGAGCCACCGAAAUCACCCUUCACGAUCACCUCACCGCCAUCCGCGCAUGCCGUCCCGUCCCUGCAGCAGCCGCAGCAUUUCGAGCUUCCGCCUUCGCGUGCCUCCUCGCAGCUCAGCCACGCGGGCUCGGACGGCACGCAGCUGACGCACUCGCGCAACCACUCGCAGGACAGUGCCACCUCGUACCGCUCGACCGACGGCUCGCGGACGUCCUACGAGACCGCCUCCUACCCGUACGACGCCUACGACAGCAUCGUGUUGCCGCGCCGGGCCAGUCACACCGCCGAGCCGACCUUCCAGUUCCUGCGCAAACAGGACCUCGACCAGAUCCACCUCCAUCAUCAGCAGCAGCAGCAGCAACUCCUGUUGCCUCAACAACCCCACGGCGGCUACGUCCACGGUUACGAGAACGGUUACGUGCCGUUCGAGACGCACAGCUUGCCCCGGCGCUCCUGCAUCCACCACAAGCCGGAAGAGUUCCACACGCACACGCUGCCCGCGCGCCACGAUCAACACGUCCCCCAGCACCACCAGCACCACCAGCACCACGAGCAGCUGCGUCUGUCGAACGGGAGCGUUAAUCAGGAUGUUCGCUCUUUUGACAGCCCGCACACCGGCACGCUGAACCGGCGCAUGUCGGCGCACGCCAUCGUCGUCCACCAGGACCAGCGCCCAGCACCGGGUCCACCCUCCCACUACGGCUGUUCCAGUCUGCCGCUGGUCCAAGGAUUGCAGCAGCAACAGCAGCAGCAGCAACGGCGGGCGUCGUAUGCCUUCGUGACGCCCGACACGCACUCCCUGGCCAAGCGUCACUCGGUGCCGCACCAGCAGAUCCAGAAAGUGCAGCCCCUCCAGGUUCAGGCGCCCGCACCCACCGUCCACCCGGUCAAGGCACAACCGACCGCUCCGGUCCACGCCUUUCAGCCGCUGAUCAAACCACAACCUCCGCAGUUCUCGCAACCCUUCCACACGCAACCAACUCCGUCGUGUCCGGUGACACCGCCCAACAUUCAGCCGCUGGACAUGCAGGACGACACCAAAUCGUCCUCAUCUUCUUCCUCCUCGUCGGAUGCCAGCUGCUCGACGUGUGACUCGGACAGUGAUCGGGAGGAGGUGGACCGGCGUGAGGCGACCGGCGAGGAGCGCGAGAUCUUCAUCGACUUCAAGCCACGCGUGUCCCCGGUGCCGUCACCUGGUGCGGUCAAGAAAAAGAAGCUCCAGAAAACGCAACCGGACGCGGUGUGUGAGGCGCUGGAACGCCGCAAGACCGCACCGAGGGACAGCAGCGAGGGCGACGACGACGUGGAGGGAGUUCCGCCACCGCCCCGUGACUAUCACGAUGCGAGUGAAAGUUCCGCCCCGGAGCACGACGAGUCCCACCGAGCGGUGGCCGACCGGCGGAAGGAGUCAUUCCGCAAGCGCUCGGUCAGCCUUGACCAGCCGACGAGUGUCGAGCAGGAGGAGGACGAGGAGCAGGAGGCCAAGACAACGCGCGAGGUGCAGGGCCGACCGGAUGACCGCCGCCCAUCCGUUCAGCGACCGGCGCGCCAUCUAUCGGCGCCACCAUCGCCUCAGAAGGAGCCGACGGAGCGGAGCGGAGGCCAGCGGCCGGCUGCGUCCCCGUUUCACUCUUCGGACUCGCUAGCGAACGAUGGGACCCGCGACACGUCCGACGGCAACUGGAAUGAGUCACAGGCCACCAUCAUGGGCAGCAGUCUGAUGGAAAAUGGAAAACUGACCCCGACGAGCCGGAGGAAAAACUUGCUGCUGCAGCACCAGCAGCGCAGCUCGAUGGACACGGACGUGCUCGACAUGGAGGACAUUGCCGAUCAGCCACUUCCUCCGCUACCGAGCGUGCUGCAAUCGUCCACCACGCCGACCACCCCUUCGCAGCAACCGAACGGAACGGCGGUCCAGCCAACGGUGAGCAUCGGCAUUGUGAAGCCGACGACCCCAUCGAUCGCCGUCAUACCCUCGCCGAGCAUCGAACGGGAGGAGCAGCGUGACCUGCACUGGUCCCAGAAGUCGGCCACCCUUCGCCGCCCGUCGCGGCCACUUUCGCCCUCGAAGCGAGCAGCUCGGGCCAGCGAGCAGCAAAAGCAGCAAAAGUUGCCCAAAAUCGAACCACUCGUUCAUCGUGCACCCGAAACCCCGAUGAAAGCGGACUCCAGCAGCACUCCAUCGUCCGGCUUGCCGGGCAGCAGUGGGCCGGCCACGCCACAGGGUGGUGGCGGUGCACCGAAGCAACCACCGACGGCACGCUUCACCGCCAAGGUCGGCUCGCCCGGCAACGGAGUCGGCGAGCAUGGGCCGCUACCGCAGGCGCCGAUGGCCCCGGCGGUAGAGGACACUCGCGGCUCGGAGGGCAGCACCACCGAGGACUACGUAACCUGCACGGACACCUCGAAGCGGGGCACCACCGCCGCCGGAGCUAAAGCCACGACGCAGGAAGGUUCGUCGUUCGAAAGCGCCUCCUCCAUCUACAGCCUGGCGCGGGUCGAUGCGGUCUGCGAGGACACGGCGCCGAUCGAGGCCAGCCAGCCAGCCACGUCGGUGUCGCCGCAGAUCCCGGUGCCGCCACUGCCGAAGCCUUCGCCAACGCACUCCGUCAGCAGCAGUUCGAGCGAUAGUUUCGGCGCCAAGAAGGGCUCACCGUCGCGGCCGACGAUCGCGUCGGUCAAGGCGCACGCCACGAAGGCGGUCAAACCCGGCAAGCCACCGUCCGUGUCGGACGACGAGCGCAGCGAGAAGCGCUACUCGUCGUCCCACGACGAGCAGGAGCCAGCGGGCGCAGGUCUGCCGAAGGUGCACGGGGCCGGGGCCACGGGAACCAUCGCUCGCAGUGCUCGGCGGGGUCGCGACUGGAACGAGGAGGAGCGGCGCCGGAAAAAGAGCACCUUCAAGCUGGAGUUCGACAAGGACUCGAUCAAAACGUACACCACGCCGAUGCUGCGCCAGCCGAGCCCGGGCUUCAAGAAGCUGUCGCCCGAGGACAAGAGCGCCCUCAACGUGCUGGACGGGGCCAGCCCGAGCAGCAAGCAGAAGCGCUUCCGACCGAAGACCCGCAAGUCGCCGCGGGCCCGCAGUGCGGUCCCGGAAGACACCGGCACCUCGGGCGGUGUCUCCAGUGGGACGUUGCCCCGUCGCAGCAAAACCCCGUUGGUUCGAUCCCCGGACAAACCCACGACGACGACGACGCCUACCACGGCCGCCGUCGGGAUCGUCGCCACGGUCACACUGGCCACUCCUGUGGUGGCUGGCCCGCCCAAUAAGCUGAGCCCGUCGCAGUGCCAGUACUAUUCGCAGAUUCGAAGUCCGCCCUCUGGCGGUUCUCCGCGGAAGCAGAAGAUUUCGCCCGAGAAGCGUCUCCAGGCGAUCUCGACCGAAUCCCUGCGCUCGGUGUCACCCGGUUCCGACUCGGUCUUCUACAGUGAAGCCGACGCCCUGUCCCACUCCGAGCAGGUCCACUGUUCGCACUGCGGCAAGGAGGUCGAGGUGGCCAAUCUGCCCGGCGAGUCGGAGGAAUCGCUCCGGACGCUCGACUCCACCGACGGUGGGGAUCGGCCGGACAUCGUGCAGCCACCGGAGGGUUUCGCUGACUCGCCCGAGUGCACCCGGACGCCGCACCACACGCGCCUCUACAAGAAGAUGGACAAGCGGUUUCGGUCCGAAGACCGGCACAUUGACCGGCGCCACUUCAAGAGCCGCCAGGAGUACCGGGCCAAGAGUGAAGAGCGUGGCAAGGAAGACGUGGAGCCGAACAACCUCCGUCCGGCUGGAUCGUCCCCGUGCGUGGGACCCGGUGGCCACGCGGAGCAUCCGGUGGCGGCCGAACCAGAGCAGGGUAUCUACCACGGGAACUAUCGAGCCGGCCUGUGGAUCUGUAUCGCCGAUCGGGACGUCUGGAGGCGCCACGAACUCCCGGACGGAAGUUUCGAGCGGCCGAAGGAGGUCGGUUCGGGCGAGCGCCGCGGAUCGACCGACUCGGAGCGGGACUUUCGGAAGAAGUACCAGGCGAUAACGCACCGGCUGGUGCACCGCAAGUCCUGCGUCGAGAUGUACCGACGCCAGAACAGCAACAGCUUCGACACCGACAAGACGGUGGUGGUGUGCCGGAAGUCCGGCGAAUUUGGGUUCCGCAUCCACGGCUCGAAACCGGUCGUCGUGUCCGCCAUCGAGCCGGACACGCCGGCCGAAAGCUCGGGUCUGGAGGUGGGCGACAUCGUGCUGUCGGUCAACGGGAUCUCGGUGAUCGACAAGAGCCACUCGGAGGUUGUGAAAAUUGCCCACGCCGGUAGCGACACACUGGAGCUGGAGGUUGCCCGCACGAUCGGAGUGCUGUCACCGCUCGAGGACACCACGUCGCAUCCCUCGAUCUACACCGGCACCCUGUGGCGGUACUGCUCCACCGACGGCAAGUGGGUUCGCCGGUGGUUCUCGCUGCGACCGGACCAUUGCCUUUACUACUACCGAUCGGAUGUGGAUAAUCAACCGAUCGGUGCGAUCAUGCUGACAAACCACAAGAUCCUGCGCAACCCACCGGAACCGGGCAGUCGACCGUUUAGCUUCGUCAUCGACACUGAGGAAGGCGUCAAGGUGGAGCUGUCCGCAGACAGUGACGAGGCGGCCAACCGAUGGAUCGCCAUCAUCAGCCACGCCGCCCAGCAGUGUGACCCGUGGUUGGAGAACAGUGCCCGGAACCUGCGGUUAGCAGCGGCAGCCAUCAGCAAGGCGGACUGCAGCGGACCGUUGGCCAAGCUGGGCAGCAAGUGGCGCUCGUGGACCAAACGCUACUGCGUGCUGAAGGAUGCCGUGCUGUACUUCUAUCACGACGGCACGAGUAAGGUCGCCAUCGGUAUGGCGUGCCUGCAGGGCUACCGUGUGCAGCCGUCGUCGGCAGGUGGCAAGAAAUAUGCGUUCGAAAUCGUACCACCGGAGCUCAGUCUCAGACACUACUACUUCCACACGGAAACGGAGAUGGACAAGAAGCGCUGGGUGGCCGCCCUGGAAUACUCGAUAGACCGGUGGAUGCGGGCCGGCUGA